AUGGCCGCAGGUGGAUUGAAAGUCCAGUUUUGGAAACCAGGUUAGAAACGUUAGAUCAAAAGCAACAGAGUUGAUAUUAUUUUAGUAUUUUGCAGGUGGUUGAGUUUGUUUGAUGUUUGGUUUGGUUUAUUUCUAGGAACCGAGGCUCCUGGUUCGUCCAUUCAAUUGGAACGGACAGGGAAGGAGGGGGAAGGGGCAGGCUUGGUUGCAUUCAACCCAGAUGUAGCAUCUUCUAUUGCUAGACAGAGGCAAAGAUUGCCUGUAUAUAAAGUAUGUUUGUAUUACAAAAUCAUUACAAUGAUCUGUUCAAUCAGAGUAGUGGUAUACUGUCAGUAAACUAAUUGCUGUAAUGUAAUGAUAAAUGUCCUUUCUAGGGAGGGGGGAGGGGCCAGACUGGAAAGUUUGGAAGUUGCGCGUCCAAGAUUAUGAAAAUUUAAUAGUAAAUACAUUGGGAACAUAAAAACUGUGCACCCAAGAUCUCGGCUGCAUGUUGCAAACUUUCCAGACUGGGGUGGGGGGCAGGGAAAUAAACGGGGUUUGGUAUAUUUGAAUAACACUAAAAUCUUUCGUUAUUGAGACAUUUUAUGGUAUAGUGGCUAGCAAACAGUUCAUGUGUGCCUUUCACCUUUGGUUUGAUUCCUGCAAUGUGUGCAUGGUUGCCUGAUUAUAAACCCAACUCAUUCACACCGACAUGUACGAGAAGGGUGCUUUCAGUUUGACUCUAAAACAUAUGGUACAGCUUUUCUUCAAGUACCCUGUUUCCUCCCUUUAAGUAACACCAGUUGGACUAAAAUGAACCAUGUACAGCCUGCAUUGAUAUAUGUAGGUCAUGGCAAAGAUAAUAUUAUGAGUUUUGAAAAAUUACUAUGUAUAUUCGUAGUAAAUAUUAGUGUAUCUUGGCAUUCCUUCAGCACACAGUUUAUGUGGAAUGUGCUCUGGAAAAUUGAUGACCCUUACCAGACCUCUUAUCCAAUUUAAAAAUACAGUUUCAUUUAGUUUUAGUUUUCUGUUACAUUUUGCAUUGCCAAGUCCCCUAACCCCAGGGAAUAGCUAGAGGGGUUCCGAUUUGACUUCCACCACCAUUAAAAGACCUUUAAUCAAUCAGAUGUGUUUAAUCUACCCAAUUAACUAGAAUCAGAUGCACAAAGAGCAAGUGAGUGGUAGCAGUAAUGGAAGUCAAAUUUCAACUUCUCUAGCUUUACAAUUUAACAGAUAAAUAAAAUGAACAAAAUGUUAUGUACUCUUCUACACCAGCAUAGAACCAAUAUCCUUUACCUUGUUGAAAAAUACCAGACUGUCAUUAUUGUUGGUGAAACGGGCUGUGGGAAAUCAACACAGGUACUUACUGAAUGAUUAUAAUUAGCAUCAGAAUGGUGUUGAUUUGAAAGAAUUAGGGGUUGAGUGAUUGGUAGAAAGAAAAAUUUAAAGGAGUGGAGAAUGGGUGAAAUAAGUUAUUUUAAUUAAUUUACAAGAACUUGUGAGGUUGAUUAAAAUGAUAGGAUGACAUGAUAGGAAGAACAAUGAGUAUGUGUAAAAGAAAUAAAAAGACACAAAAGCAUAUGUGGUGGAAUGGAAUGCAAGAAAACAAUGAGUUAGAACUAAGGAAAAAUGAAAGAAAGAGGUGGAAUUGAAUGAAAUGAGAAGCAGGAUGAAACAUAAAUAAGGACAUGAAGUGAUUAGGAGAUCAAUAUAUGAGCACAAACAGGCAAAGAAUCAGUGGUAGAUUGUCACCAAAAACGUAAUACAACGAAAGAUUUAAGACCAAUUUUUUUUCUUCAUUUGUAGAUUCCACAGGUACAGUAACACAACAAUUUGGUAUCAAGCUAAAUGAAAACUUGUGAAGUAGAAUUUUUGAAAUUUGUGUUAAUACUGUAUUUGAUUCUGACUAAUUUAUUGUAUUUUCAAUACAAUCAAAUUUCAUAUCUAAUGUAUUAAUAUACCAGCUAUUGUUUUUUCCAAUUUGAUCUUCUCUUUAUCUCAUCGCCUACUUCUCUAUUCUCACUGCAGUAUUUGCAUGAAAGUGGUUUGGCUGGCAAUGGUAAAAUCAUUGGUAUCACUCAACCAAGACGAGUAGCUGCUACUACAGUAUGUCACUUUUUCGUCACGCUUGUGGUGGUGGUGGAUGGGGGGGAAGGGUUGAUAAAUUUAAGAUUAGGGAUAAACACUUUGGAUCACAGUGGAUCCCCACUUUUGGAAUUAACAAAGUUUGGCUGACUGGCUAUAGCCAUUACUCUAGUUUUCACUUCAGUGGUUGUCAUUAUUUCUGCCCUGGUCAGUGCUCGGGAAGUAAACACCAGUCAGACGAGGAUGAACGUUGAUGAGAGUUUCAACUCUCGCUAACAGCCAACUCCUAUCGACUCUUAGGAACAUCGAGCUGAGAGUUGAUAAGAAUUUUCGGUAGGCGAGCGGGAAUAUCCAUUGGACUCUAGUCAACUCUUGUUCCCGUUUGACAGGGGCACGAGAGUUGAGAAAACUCUCAUGCAAACUCUCGCUGGCCAUGUAACUCUGAUUCUUGGUUGACCGGCAGAGCUUAAGGAGUCAUGCGCGCGUAAUAUGCAGUCAACUCUCAUGCAACUCGUAUGACCAGGGCUCAGGAAAUAAGAUUCGCUUUUUAUUUAGAUACCUCACGAUGUUUGUAUAAUUGUCCAUUGAAAUAUUGACAGUUGUACGAUAUCAUCUAGGUUGCGAUGCGUGUCGCCGAAGAAAAAGGAACAUUAAUCGGUCAAGAAGUUGGAUAUCGAAUCCGUUUUGAUGAUUGUACAGACCCACAAAAGACAGCCAUAAAGGUAAAAUAUUACUAGAUAUAUAAUUGCAAGGUUAGUUCGUUGCAGUUAGGCCACGGUUUACUUUCGGACUAAAACUGUAUAGCCCGAUUUACACUAUACACAACUUUUGCCUAAAACUUCGCAUGCAACCUGCUUACAACUUGAGUUGUACUGUGUAAAUCAAGCACACAACAUUGUCGUAGGUGACUUGUGUGCUUGAUUCACACAGUACAACUCAAGUUGUAAGCAGGUUGCAUUGUGUAGUGUGAAUCGGCCUCAGCCUAGGCCUUUACUCGGCUGGCUUUGGCAGGUUUCGUCAAUUUCGGGGCUAGCGUUUGGUAAGUAUCAAUAAAAAUAGAAGGCCUAGGUCUAGGCUGAAUCGGCCUUAUGUUUGUCUAUAGUUUGUUACUGAUGGAAUGUUGAUCCGUGAAAUGAUGGCCGACCCUCUUUUGACAAAGUACAGUGUGAUAAUGUUAGAUGAAGUACAUGAGAGGACGCUGUAUACUGACGUCAUACUUGGCCUGCUCAAAAAGGUAAGUAACAAUUUUGUCAUCCAGUAACUACGACAAUCAGACUAUCUAUUGUUUCUGCUUGUUUUGUUUUUCAUAGAUUCAGAAGAAAAGACAUGACUUAAAGCUUAUUGUCGCAUCAGCCACAAUGGAUGCCGAGGUAUUGUCAAAAACCAUCCACGAAAGUUAGCACGAGGACAAAGGCGUUACCAUGCGAUAUAUAAUUGUUCUUUUUAUCACGUUUUCGAAAAUGUGUCAGGGGCGGGGAUCUAGCCUCAUCUGCAAGGAGGGAGCCUUACUACUCUCCCAACAUUACCAUUUAUUUAGUUUACAAUUAUAUAUCGGAUUUAUAUCACGUAUGCGUGAAUGGACAGUUGCUGUAGCACAGUGCUGUAGUACAUUUGCUUGUUGAAGUAUAUUUGAAAAUGUGGCUGAUAACAACUUCGACAUGUUUACAAUAUAUUUAACCAUGAUAUUUAACUGAAGCAUGAGUAGUUUCUCGUGAACUCACAAAUCAAUUAAUUCAUUUCAACAAAUCGACAAACAGUGGAAGUUCCGCUAAUCGCUAUUGGAAAAGUAGAAAAUGUAUGAUCAAGUAGGGUGGUGCUGGACUUAGGGAGUGAUAGACACCACUAGAUGGAGUGCACACCCCCUGCCCCCACGGUAAAUCCCACCCUGAAAUUUGGGCAUAUAUUAUCUAGAUGUUUCGAGAUUUCUUCAACACGAAUAUUACAAAAGACAAAAGGUUUGUAGUCGAUCUGUACCAAAAUGAAAAAAUGCAUGAAUGCAUUUUACCAAAAAUAAACUGUCAUAUUAAAUUUCUUUCAGUAAGGACACUGCAGCAAUCUUAUCGGUGGAAGGAAGGACGUUUCCAACAGACAUCUACUAUGUUUUAAGGUAUUCACCAUUAUCACGCGAUUCUUGUGGGAACAUUUAAAGAUUUCCCCGUUCCCCCAUUCUUGGGAACAUUGCAAUUCAGAAACAUAUUUGGUCCUCCAAGUGUGAUUUUUAUUGCGAAAACAUGGUUUUCUGGUUUGUCCACUUUCAGGAAAUAUGAUUAAGAACACUGUUUCCUGGCUUGCCCAUCUUCGGGAAACACGGCUAGAGAACAAUGGUUCCUCGUUUGCCAUUUUUGGAGAAUCAUGGCUAGGAAACAAUAUCUCUGCAACAAUGUCUCCCAGUUUGCCCAGGGUUUAAAGCUCCGUAAGAGGUCAUGAUUGGCAUGAUACACAAGUAGCAUGCAAUAAUUUUAAUUUCAGUCCCGUUCCUGACUAUAUCAAAGCGAGUGUGGAUGCCGUCAUUGGAAUUCACUUAGAAGAAGGUCCUGGGGAUAUCUUGGUUUUCCUAACCGGACAAGUAAGACUUUGUGUAAUUCUUAGUGUAAUUUUGUAAUUAUUUUUUUAACUCUCAGCAAUUUUCCAUUAGGAUGAAGUGGAAAGUGCUGUUUCCAUGAUAAUGUGAGUAUAGUAUUAUCAUAAUUACAUAUAUUAACAUGAAAGGUUUCCACAUCUAUAUUGUAACAGUUGUAAAAUCAUGAAUAUCUGGGAGGGUGCAUGUGCCAAUCCUUACUUGCAGCUGAAAGCUGAGCUGAAUUGCGAAGGACGCAGCUCGACCUGAUCGAGUCGAAGGACGAAGGACCAGGGACGCCGGAACGAUAAAAAGGCAAGGGGGGCAAACCAAAGGGCACCUCAGUAGACACCGGUGAAGAUAUAAACCUACAACUAUGUGUUGACUUGCCAAUGAAAGCAAACGCACUUAAUCAGGUCACAUUGAAGGUCACACCUCAUGGUUUUGCCCAUGCAAAAAGCAUCACUGGAAGCGUGAUUUAUCAGGUAGAAUUUUAUAACUCAAAGGGCACUUCUGCCCCCCUUGCCCCUCCUAGCAAAAGGCAAGAGGGGCAGCUGCCCCCAGUUCCGGCGUCCCUGCGAAGGACGCAACUCAAUCUGGCCGAGGCUUAUUAAAGGCGCCCGACAGCCAUCUUAUGACUCAUGUCUGAUCACGGAGCACAGCUACAGCUAUGGUUAGUUUGGGGCUUAACUCAUGGGACCCACUCUGUUAACAUUCCCUGUGUGUAAGGAAACCGGAGUACCAGGAGCGGCGAGAAUCGAACCCACGAUCUUUUUUUUUUUUUUUUUUUUUUUUUUACAAACUUAGUCAUAAAUGACAGGUUAACCCUACAGAGCUUAUUGCUCCAUUUACAGAGUCCCUAAUAAUAUGUAUAUAUGUAUAUAUAUAUAUAAAAAAAACAACAAAAAAAAACAACAUUACAUUAUUUACAACACAUUUUAUCCACAAGACUGGACAACGGACGACACGAGUGACACUUGACACAUAUACUUUUAAAUGUUUGUGGAGCAUUAAUGUUAUAUAUUUCUUUAGUCAUUGCUUCAUAAUAAGUUAAAACUCAGACGUGAAAGGCGCUCGCUCUGACGACAGCGACACUAAAGCCACAAUUUAUUUUCCAGCGAGAAAGCAAGAGCAUUGCCUAAAGGUCAUGGAUUUCUGAAAGUUUUACCGAUAUACAGUGGACUGCCAUUUUCCGAGCAGGUAUAGGUUAAACAUUGUACAAAUUCCUUGAAUUUCCUUUCUUGUCUCUCUUUUUCUUGCGGUGAUUGUUUAUCUGAAGUUCUCUUCUGCAUUCAACAGAUGCGUAUCUUUGAACGUUCGUCAUCAAAAGAACGAAAGGCAAGUUCAGUACAACUUUAGACGUUUCCUAUUUUGUUAGCAACAUGCCGACUGUGGGGCCCAGUGUCGCGAAUCGUCGUGGCGACAUUUGCCCCCGAAGAUUGUGUAGGCCAUAGAUAUCUUAUAUACACUAUAAUAGUGCAUCUAAUUAUUCUACAAUUCAAAAAUUGAAGCCGUGAUUGCAGACUCAGGAUAUUCCCAUGAAAUGAGAAGAUUCGUAUGUUUUCUAUUUCUUAAACACGGAACUUAAAUAUUAAGGUAAACCUAUUCCAAAUACAUUUUCAAACUAUUCAAAUGAUGAAAGUUACUUAUUGUUGUUUUUUAAGUGUUUAUUAGCGAGUGGGAAACACUAACAUGGCCGCCAUUUAUUCAAAUGGCAUCAACUAUUUCGCUGACCUCAGAAUGACAUUUCGUCAAAACAUUUUUCUUCAAGAUCGGUUUAGAAACAAAUUAGGAGUAGGGUUAGAUUAGGGUAAGGAUUAGGGGUUAUGGUUAGAGUUGGUGUUUGGAGUAGGGUUAGUGUUAGUAAACCCGUUGCUUUGUUACGUUCUGUCACUCUGAGGCCAGCGAAAUAAUCUCUUCCUAUUCAAAUGGGGGUAACCGCUGGAAUAUUCUUGGCUUCAAUUUUACUAAAAGAGAUGCGCUAUCUAGUAUAUAUAAGAUAUCUAUGGUGUAGGCCUAUCAACCAUACAAAAGUUGAUUCAUUAUGUAUUUUAUAUAGGUUGUUGUAGCAACAAAUAUAGCUGAAACAUCUAUCACGAUUGAUGGUAUUGUUUAUGGUGAGGAUUAUGCAGUCUACAAGAGUUUUCAUUAUUAUCUUACUAAGAAUUCUGAUAUAUAUAAUUAUAUCGAUUUAUUUAAAAUACUCAUUAAUAUUAUAACUCAUGAAGAAAAUUCAGAAGAGGUGAAUUUUUAAUCCAUAUCUGUAAACUGGGAUGGAUCCAGUCAGAUGGGGGGGGUGCUCAUAACUCGUUUCGACACGAAGAGUUGGCAAUAUUGACAAUUUGAAUCCUCCUAGCUGUGUUGGAGCAAAGUACUAAAAAAUGAUGUAUUAUGAUUGUCUAGUUGUUGAUUGUGGUUUUGUGAAGAUCAAAGCUUACUCGGCUGAGACUGGACUUGGUUAGUACGAUAUCACAGCAGGAUACUGAUAUCCAAAGUUCUACAUGUCUCUGUUCAAAAUGCCAUGUCAGAUAGAAUAGUUGUGUUGUUAUAUUGAUUAUCAUGAUAUUAUUGAUUACAGAAUCGCUGGUAGUUGUGCCAAUAUCUCAAGCAUCCGCUGAUCAGAGAGCUGGCAGAGCAGGCCGCGUGCGAUCAGGUUUGUCAUUCUACACACGGAAAUUUCUCGACUACACCCGUGAAAAUCUCACAACUUGUCAACGAGAUGUGUUCGCAACAGGCUUGUAGCAAGCUUGUCAACAAGUUGUAACAAUGCUGUUAUUUUAUCAAGCUGUUACAAGGUUGUCACUCACAAAUUGUUGAAUUGCAGGACGAUAACAAGUUGUUGGAACUUGUAACAAAUCUGUUGAGCUCAACAACCUUGUAGCAAGUUGCCAACAAGGCGUUGAUAACUUGUCAACAAGCUGGGAACAAGCAGUGCGAACACAUCCUGUUAACAAAUAGUUGGAACAGCAUUGCUACAGUACGUAUACAAAUCUGCUGCAGGAUUGUUACAACUUGUGCGUUUUUACGUGUGUGCAAAUAGUGUUUUAACGAACGUUGUUACCAAUAAAGUUGCAAAGAAAAACUUUUUUCUUUCCUUUUUUUAGGGAAAACGUACAGAUUGUACACGGGUAAGAAUUGAGGUUCAUUUCGUGUUGUCUUUUUUCUUUGGUGUGCAUUGUUCGUUUAUAUUAUAUGAAUUUAAUGCGCAUUUUGUAAAGCCCAGCACUUCACUUUCUAUUAGAAAUUUCAAGUGUAAUACAUACUAUAUUGCUAACUUUUGUUCAAUAUGCUUUUUUCAGAGGAUGACUUUCAUAACCUUUCUCCAGCAACUGUUCCAGAAAUGCAAAGGUACGUCAUUGGAAGGGAUUGCGAUGAAGGUGCAGCCCUGCAUGUAACAGUGGGAGUUUCCUUUGAUUAAUUUUUGUUUUCGUUUUAGAACAAAUCUUGCACCAGUCAUACUACAACUGAAAUCCAUGGGAAUUGACAACGUGUUGAGGUUCGACUUCCUGGCGGUAAGAACCAAUGAUAGCAUAUAGCAUUGGCAUUGCAGAGUAACCUCAUACCUUAGUCAGUGCUGCCGAGGCAUUUUUCUCCUGUUUUGCGGUUAUGACGUCAUAAGGGCUCCUGGGAAAAUUUUGUCCCAGGCCUCGCGCAACCUCUCUGCCCCUAGCUUCCUGUUCCUUGGUAUACAUCUCUUUUUCUUUUAGAGGCCGCCUGCAGAACACAUGGUCCGAGCUCUGGAACUACUCUAUGCAUUAGAAGGUCAGAAAAUGAGUUUUAUCUGUCAUCUUACUUAAGCGAAGGGAAUAAGUGAAGAUGACUGUUGUAGUCAGUGUACUUUAUUUAGUUAUGGAGUAUAAUAUCUGAAUAUCUCCAGUUAGUUCUUAGUUGGAAACUAAGGACAAAGGUGACUGCAUGAUAAUAAUUAAUUAGCUUUAUAUAUAUUAUAUAGCUUCGGUAAAUUGCCGAAGUUAUAUAUAGUGAAACCAUAGAAAACAGUGAAGCCAAAUAGUCAAUGAUGUUAUGACUUAUGAUGACAUUUUAUAGUUGUCCAUAUCUUCGCAUAAGCUUUUUGUUUCCUCCAUGAUAUAUAUGAUAAAUCUAACUGUCUUUGUCCUGUGGUACUUCAUGUAUAGCAUUGGAUGAUGAUGGUUGUCUGACCAGUCCUAGAGGUGUCAAUAUGGCAGAAUUCCCUCUUGAACCUAUGCUUGCUAAAAUGCUUCUUGUAUCAGGUAAGGUUACGUAUUUGCUUCAGUCAAGUCCUCAACUGCCCAGGAAGGUCUAAUCAUGUGUUGGCUGUUGCGGUUUACUAGGAGCAAACUGGGCUCCAGUUUGGUUAUGGUUUCACCGGCGGUUCGGUUGCAUGGAGUAUUGAAGUGUCCCCAAUAGUAGACCGAUUCGUGUUCUAUGUUUCCAAGCAACUGAAUACAGGAACUGUGUUCAUAUUUAGGCGAGUUUGGUUGUUCUGAAGAAAUCCUUUCCAUUGCUGCCAUGCUUCAGAUCAAGAAUGUUUUCGUCACGCCAUCAAAUGAGAAGAAGGCUGCUGUAUGUUUUUUUAAAAUUUUUACAUAAAAAAAUAUGAUUUGGAAACUGGACGUGCUAUGUAUAUUCUGAAUUUUAUUCACAGGCCAGGGCGAAACUAAAGUUUUCCGUUUACGAAGGGGAUCAUUUAACUCUAUUGAAUGUCUAUCAAAGUUUCUUAAAGGUAGUGUAGUUCAUUUUGUGAGCUAAGUUGAAAUUGAAACACAUGGUUUUUCAAUCAAUAAUACUUUGACUUUUUGUUCAGUUCAAGAAAAGUUCCAAAUGGUGUCAUGAAAAUUUUCUUAAUUACAAAGGUUUGUUAACAGGGAUGGAUCCAGCCAGAUCUGGUAGGGGGGGGGAUGCUCAUCGACCCAUGGUCAUGAUUCGAGGUGUGACGGUUGACCACGUUCAUAAUCAUUUGCAGCUACGCAGAGCAGUAUUUCUACAACCUCGUUCCCAGGGCUUUCUGGGAACGAGGUUGGUGUUUCUGUAGAUUAGGCGAAACAUUGCCCCCUGGAAGGGUUCAGGUAUUGUGGUAUUUGUGACAGGAUAUUGCCUUUACAAAUUGAUUAAUUGAAAAAAUGGAUUUGAUAAUGAAAAUGACACACACACACACACCUUGUGCACCCCCUCCCCCCCCCCAGUAAAUCCAUCCCUAAUACACACUUUAACUGAUACUCGUAAAUCAUAUUUAGGACUUUCUCAUGCGGUAAAAAUUCGAGAACAACUUAAGAAUCUUGUCAAGUCGUUUGGCGUUGCCAUCGAAUCCGCGGACGGUAAGAGAGAAACGUACUUUAAUUUUCCUCCUCUUGUAAACACACCGUUACAGUAGACAUUACUUGCAGUAUUUUGCUCGAUCCCUUUAGAUGAUCCAACACCAAUACGUCGAUGUAUUGUGAAAGGAUUUUUCGCCAAUGCCGCCAGAUUACAUCCAGAUGGCACUUAUAGGUGAGAAAAAGAAGACAUAUUUUUGUCAGUACAUAUCAUGUUAUUCUAAGUUCAGUUUUUAAAAUAAUAUUUCUCGUUUUCAGGAGUAUCCGAGAAAAUCAUGCACUAUAUGUCCAUCCAACUUCUGUUCUUUAUACGGAGAAACCUCCCGAAUGGUAAGCUAACCCUUUAAAGUGCCUAUGCGACAAUUUUUUUUAUGAUUGAACUGCAAAGUUCAUUUAAAAUUAUAAUAUAACUUGUUUUUUAAAACUUUGUAAUCUUUCCUAUUUGUCAAGAUUUUCGACUUUGUUUGAUAUACAAAUGUGACUUAAAUCACGUCACACUGCAUAAUGCUUUUACAGAAGACUGUGUUGUAGCUUGUUAAAAUUCUCAUCUCAAAUUUACAGACGAAAUGAUCGCUUUGAUAGCUCUUAAAGUAUAUCACUUUCAAUGUCAAUGAAAUUAUCACAUGUUUGGCAAGGAAACGUUUUCUUUCUAAAAACUCAUUAUGCAGUGUGACGUCAUUCAAGUCACAUUUGUAUAUCAAACAAAGUCGAAAAUCUUGACAUACAGGAGAGAAUACAAAGUUUUAGAAAACAAGUUAUAUUAUGGUUUUACAUGAACUUUGCAAUUCAUUCAUAAAAAAAAUUGUCGCAUAGGCACUUUAAGUAGCAUUGCCCUACAUUGUUUUUUUUUUCGUUUAACGCCAGACGAUUUUACUCUUCAAGAAUGAACGGGAGAAUUUCAUUCAAUGGAUUACUGAAUCACGCUAUCUGUCGAUGUGUCUUGUUAGUUGAUUGACCCUUAAAAGGCAUUGUCCCAGCACUUAUACUUAUGACAAAUGUGAAUGCUGUCUAUAUUGCAUUUGUGACUGUAUAUAUAUUAUAUGACAAAACUACAAAACGCAAUUUCUAUGCUUAGGGUUGUGUAUCAUGAAAUAUUACAGACAUCUAAGGAAUAUAUCAGAGACGUUACAGUGGUAAGUUUGAAAUGUACUUUUUGGUAUCGGCUAACGUUAAUUUCCUAAUAUACACAACAAAAGAACCUAGUCAACUGUUCCAGAAUCAAUGACUUUUCUACUGUCGUACAAGUCUUAUAUCUGUAAGUGUUUUUGAUUAUCUUCAUUAGAUUGAAUCAUCCUGGCUGUAUGAGCUAGCUCCACAUUACUACGAGUAUGGCACGGUAGGUUCACGAUGAAACGUUGGUUUGGUCUAAGAAAUGUAUACAGGGGCGUAGGAAGCAUCAAAGGAUUGGGGGGGGGGGGCACCGGCUUCUAUAGGGGCACUUUAGGGUAUUGAAAAGGGCACCUAAAAAAUGUUUCCCGGAAAUGUUGGCGACGAGGGGAAAGAAAAAUUUUCCCGUCGUACCAUACCGAAAUUGCACGUUUUUGACCAAAUUUUUUUUAAAAACUUGGAAAUUUCCAAACAAAAAGGGCACCUUUGAUGUUAAUUUAGUAUUUACAGAGACAUUGCUUGUACAAAAAGGGCAUUUUUCAUCACAAAAAAGGGCACUUUUCAUCACAAAAAAGGGCACUUUUAGUCCUUUGAAAACAUUGGGGGGGGGGGGACGUGCCCCCCCCCGGUUCCUACGCCCCGGAAUGUAUAAAAAUUUCACUCGAAAUUUCCACCUACAAAUCUCUUCAACAAUAAUAUUUAUAUGGAGUGAGAUGCCCGAAAUUCUGAUAUUUACCCAUACUGAGUUACAGAGCGACAGUUGUCGAACUCUAACCACAAGUUCAUGCAUAAAUACUAAGGUGAUGUCAGUGUAUGAUGCACAUUCACAUCACCUUCGCAUUUAUACAUGAACUUGUGGUUAGAGCUCGACAUUAGAGCGCUGCACCGGAAUCGCAGGGUCCAACCAGAUAUAUCCACACAUAAAACGCGCUAGUUGCUACAUGCCUGCAAGUGUUAUAUUUUAUGUCCUUUUCCGUUAGAACCCAAAUUCACAUCCAACACACGUUCACACUAUUUCACGCACGAGGUCACACAAUCACGCUUUACGUUCCAUGCAAUCAUAGUUAGACAUUGACUGAUUGACAUGUAUCACUUUCAUCACUUAUAUUACAGGAGAGAGAAUUAGCCGCUAAAAGAGCGAAACUAGAAUAACGAACGCCACGAAGAAAAGUGGGAUAUCCAUCCCAUCCUCGCCCAAUGUGGUCGACAUACAAUCCAAGACAAGCUAGUUCACGAAAAAAGGAGCCAGAUACCUUGCAAAACCAAGUCCAAGAAUAUUCGAGUGUAUGACUCUACAGAAACCAGCAUUGGUGGCUUUCAGUUGGCGUUAUGGGGCAUGCAGUGGAUGCCGGGAAGUAGUAUAUACCGAGGGUGUAUAUAUAUAUAUAUAUAUAUGUCUCACUGUUUGAGCUCCUAACUCUAACGACCUAAAUAUAAGAUCUGAUAACUUAUGGCUGACCUAUAUAACUUAUAAACAAUGACAAUCUACAUCCUCAAAUCGAACUAGAUCCAUCACAUUUAUUUACUAUCUCCCCCCCCGCCCAAUUGUGGUGAAAAUAGUUACAGUGGAACCCCACCCACCCCGUUAAUAAGGUCACCUCUUUAUUACGACCACCUAUGUGAAAAACGCCAAGACAAUACAUUUUCUUAUAAAGAUACCCCGUUAAUACGGCCAAUUUUUUUCGGCCCGUCCUUGGCCGUAGUAACGGAGCUCCACUGUACAUUAUUUUCUCACUCUGGUAACUUGCAGUUGACACUCAUCAUUUGCAGCAAUGUUGCGCAAAACUAAAUUGAAUGCAUCACUAUAGUGCUUUGUGAUACCCACAUAAAUAAAUAAAGUCUCCAAUAUCUUUUCUAUAUACUUACUUUGUACGCGGUGUUCAGAAACCACGUUGCCAUUUAGCAUUUGCUGCAUCAUGUAUUAACUACGUUUGAAGGGGUCCGCUUAUGAACAUCGAAACUUGUUCAAGUAUGCC